AUGCAAACAAAAAAAAUUGUCCUUUUACAGAGGAGGAAGGGCUACAGCGGUGGGCCAGAUAAUGUUUUCAAAGGCCUUUUUAUUGCGAUCUCCUAUAAGAAACCGGGGAGAGUGAAAGGAGAUGCUUUACUUAGUACUUUCCCUUCUCCGUGAAAAGCCCCUGUGCCAUUUUCAAGAUGCUGAUUCGUUGAUCGGCGAAUAAGUUUCAUUGGGCGCGUCAAAUUUGUUGCAUAAUGUUGCAGUAGCCUUUGAGGGAUGCUGCUAAUGAAGACAACAAUAGAACAGGCCAGUCCCUGAAAGAGAAAAUGUUUACUGUGCAAGAGGUAGAGGUGUCCGAGUUUCUGCUACAUCACAAUAUGGAUCCUGAAAUGAAAACGGAAGGACGGGACUCCGUUGACCCAAAGGCAGGAAAGGAAAGAACACAUUUACCAAACAUUGGGAAAAGCAAGGAGGAACCAAGGCAUAAUGUGAAAGCAGAGCUAGAGGAAAAUCCAUCAAAAAAUUGGGAUGCCCAGUUGCAAGAGUUUCUGAAGACACUGGAGGAUCCUCAGGGAAGAAGGGAAGUGCCACAGUCCCUUGAGCCAAAGCUCUGGACGGGUCCUAAAUUAUCUUGGAUGUCCUCCCAAGGAGGGAUGGAUACCAGCAAAUGGUUGAAACAAAUGUGGAUUUCCGAAAUCGAGGCUCAUCGCCUCGGGACAACCCAAGAGGAUUGGGACACCUUUCUGGACGUUGCCCAGGGUGGGAAGGAGAAGAUUGGAGAACUGGCUGAAGAAGCCAUCAGGGCAGAGGGAAGAUGUCCUCGCUUUUGGACCCUGAGCUACAAAGAGGCCAAGGGACCUCAAGAUUUUUGCCAGCAGCUUCAAGAGCUUUGCCACGAGUGGUUGAAACCAGAGAAACACACCAAGGAGCAGAUCCUGGACUUAGUGACCUUGGAGCAGUUUCUGUCUGCCUUGCCUCUGGAUAUACAAAAUUGGCUCAGGAGGAAUGGCCCAGAAACUUGCUUUCAUGCAGUGUCCUUGGCAGAGGAGUUCCUCUUGAAGAGAGAGGAGACCCAGACAUGGGAACAGCAGGUGAUAGAGAUAUCAGAAGAAGAAGAAAAUGACAUUGGAAAAGCCUCCAAGUCAAACCAGCUUCCAUCAGAACCACCAAAGGGCGAAGAUCUUGGAAUGGUUAAACCAAAACGUGAUGGCAGCGAAAAACAGACAGGCGUUGGGCGGCUGAAUGAAGGCGGUGAACCAAAGUUGAAGAGUUCUGAGAAAAGGAAGCCUCUGAGGAGGUUCUUGAAAGCUGCCAUCAAAACUGAUUUGUUGGCUUUCAAAGAGAACGAUGGAAACCACGACACGGCAACGAAGCGGAAUGGAAAUGAUGUUGGAAAGGGAGUGGGCCAGUUAAUUCAGCCCCAAAGUAUCUGCCCAGGGCUCAGUGAUCCUGCUAUCCAAGAGGAGAAGGAGAUAAAUAAUGGGAGUCAAAGCUUGAAGAUUAUGACAGCCGAAAGCCCUGAUACAGAAGAGAAGCCAUUCCGAUGUUGGCAUUGUGGCCAAAGCUUCAGAAACAGUUCACAUCUGGUGACCCACGAAAGGACUCACGUUGGCGAGAAACUGUACAAAUGUUCCCGCUGUGGGGAAAGCGAGAGGACCCACACAGGUCAGAGGCCCCACAAAUGUUCUCAUUGUGGGUGUGUUUUUGGCUAUCACGCUCGCAAGAGGAUCUCCGGGGGGGAGAAGCCCUAUGUGUGUUCUGACUGUGGGAAAAGUUAUAGUCAGAAAUCUGAUCUUUUAAAACACCAGAGAACCCACACAGGCGAGAAACCUUACAAAUGUUCGGCCUGCGGCAAAAAUUUACGAAACGGGUCAAGUCUCAAAGCGCACCAGAGAAUCCACACUGGUGAGAAACCGUACAAGUGUUUGUACUGUGGGAAGUGUUUCAUCUGGAGUUCGCAAUUCCGGUUGCACGAGAGAAUUCACACAACGGUGUGCUCCCACUGUGGAAAAAGCUUUGGUCGGAAAUCGGAGCUGGUGGAGCACGAGAAGACCCAUCUAGUGGAAGAUUUGUUGGUCUGUUUUGCCUGUGGGAAAAUCUUUGAAUUCAGCUUCGAGCUCAUGGCCCACGUGCAGACUCACAAACAGAAGCCGUUCGAGUGCUUGGCCUGCGGGAAAACUUUUAUGAACAGUUUGCAACGCGCUGCGCAUCAGAAGGUCCACACAGGAGAGAAGCUGCAUAAAUGUUCCCAUUGUGGGAAAAGCUUCAGUCGGAGACAGAGCCUGAUAGCUCAUGAGAGAAUUCAUACUGGAGAAAAGACACACACGCGCUUAAUGUGUGGGAAAAACUUCCGAAACACCCCGAAUCUCAAAUCCUACGAGAGGACUCACAUGGGAGAGAAAACGUACCGUUGCUCCCAUUGUGAUAAAAGUUUCCGGUGGAGUUCACAACUCCUGUUGCAUAAGAGGAUUCACACAGGAGAGAAACCCUACCCAUGUUCUGAUUGCGGGAGAACAUUUGAUAGGAGGUCCAACCUUCUGAGGCACGUGAGAAUCCACACACGGCAGAGGCCUUACGCGUGUUCAGACUGUGGGAAAAGUUUCAUCUCCAGCUCAUUCCUUUUGCGACAUCAGAAAGUCCACAUGGGAGAAGAUGUCACAAGGUGCUUAGAAUGUGGGAAAGAUUUCAGACCGGGCCGGGACCAGGCAGAAAAGGUGUCGAAAUGUCCUGAGUGCAUCCAGGGACCAUCCUUGAGCUUGGAUCUUGAACCUGCACAAAUGCAGCCGAAAGAGAAGACAUUUGAAUGCUCGCUCUGCAGAAAAACUUUCAAAAACAGCUCUUACCUUAUGUUUCAUCAGAGUGUCCAUACCAAUGUCAGACCAAGGCAGUGCCUGGAGUGUGGCCGAGACAUAAUCCGGAGGCCUAACCUCAUUGCCCCUUUGAAAAAUCUGUCUGGGCAAACCCCACAGAAAUGCUCGGAAUGUGAACAACUGUUGAACUAGAUCUUGGAGGAAAACGUUGAGCUCAGCCUUCAUCCACUCAUCAUCUCUUGAAUGUUACACUUUCUGUACCUUAAAAAAGAAAAGAUUCUUGUGUCAGAAGACAUUUAUGGGGGCUGUUUGUACAUCAGUCAAAAACAAUCCAGAUGGUCACGGCCAUAGUGACUGUUCGAUGCUACAGCCUACCUGAAGACGAUCAGAAAUUUGUACCCCACCAUGAUCACAUGACCGUACUUUGGGGGUGAGGCAACAAGGACAGAUUUACAGCGAUUCGCUGUGUCCCGUGUUUUGCUGAAAACCGGCACUUCUGGUUUUCACCAAAAUUACAUUUAUAAUUAUAUUCA